UCCAGGUUUUUCUGUUUUUAAGAAACUGUUGAAUUAAUUUAAAGGAAAGAAUUUGUUUUUUCUGGAAUCGUAGUUCUCUAAAUACUUUGGUGCGGCUGCACCGGGAGAUCAAAGAUGGCGACCGUGCCGAAUCAGAAUGAGAACUUAACGACAUAUAAGUUGGUCGUGGUUGGCGAUGGUGGUGUCGGGAAGAGCGCGCUCACCAUCCAAUUCUUCCAAAAGAUGUUCGUUGAAGAAUAUGAUCCAACUAUAGAGGAUUCAUAUAUCCAACACACAGAUAUCGAUGGACAGUGGUGUAUUUUAGAUGUGCUCGACACAGCCGGCCAGGAGGAAUUUAGUGCAAUGCGUGAACAAUACAUGAGAACAGGUGAUGGUUUCCUUAUCGUGUACAGCGUAACGGACCGCGCAAGUUACGAUCACGUACCAGAGUUCCACGAUCUUAUUCUAAGGGUAAAAGAUGAAACACAAUUCCCCGCCCUCCUAGUGGCCAACAAAGUUGAUCUUGUGCACCAGCGAGUGGUGGAAGAAGACGAGGGGAAGGAAAUGGCGCGACAAUUCCAGAUUCCUUACAUUGAAACGAGCGCCAAAGACCCUCCGCAAAACGUUGAUAAAGCUUUCCAAGAUAUUGUUCGUUUAAUAAGGCAACAAGGUCUUCAACAAAACGGGACGACCACCGGAGGUCGGGAGAGCAAAGGAUGUUGUCAGGUUAUGUAGCUCCACCUAGAGGCCAAAUACGACGAAAUUAUUCGGCGCUGAAUCAUCGAUUAAAUGCCGAGUCAUCGGAAACAAAAUUGCAGACAGUUGUUGCACUUACAAUAAUAUUAUGAUGUCAUAGAUGGGGUUGUUAUAUCUCACCUCACAUGGGUGCUUCCCCCUGGUCGAUAUCAUUUCAGGGGAUUACCCCUGUUCAGUUACUGCUACAAAGUUUUUAUAACCAACAUAGAAAUCAUAUUUCUGUGGAGUUUAAUUUUAUGAAAAUGAAAUGACGUAAUAACCACGAUUGUGACGCAUGGUGACGUUUUAAAUUUCUUCAACGAAAAUUUCUUUCUCGAAACUAAUUUUGACUAAUCUGGUGAAACUGCCGCGUGGUGGCGCCAACCACCCCUGAAAUAAAUUCCUAGUUUUGAUGUUUCUA